AAGAAGAAUACGAAAGCUUCAAUCUCUGAGCUUCUGGAUGACUUAAGUUCAGUGCCAACCACUCUUGAUCAUUCUCUGAAUGCUGAAACAGCAGCUAAAAACAACCAAGCAGGACAAAAUCAAGCUGAACUGGCCAAAUCAGAAAGGGGGUCCACUGAAGAUGGUGGGCAUCAGAAUAAAAGCUGUAAUCCAUUGAACUCUGAUCAGAAUCUGGAAAGUGGGACCAAAAAUCCCAGUGAUACCACUGAUAUCACAUUUCAUUCAGAACAAGCACUAGAAAAAGGCAAUAAAAAUGGUGCAGCAGUUCCAGGGGAGAAGGUGGAGAAGGAUGUUGUAGUUGAUGAACAGCUACCUUCUAGUGGAGAACAAAACAAUAAAAUAAAGCAGGAAGAAAAAGCAACUGAAAAGGGGAAUACCUGUGAGAAAGCAGCAACCCCAAUAAAAGGAACUGAGGAGAAAGGGGAAGCUCAUGCAUCAAAUGAGAAAAAGCAACAAUUUGAUCAGAACAGUAAGAACCAACAGAAAAACAGAAGCCAAAUGAACUUCGGAGAUGAUAUUACAGUAUACUUUCAUGCCAUACUGUCUAAGGACUUCAAACUGGAUCCCAAGAAUCAUAAAGUGUUUGUCAGGGCACAAGGCAUUUCUGGAUAUCGGGACUGGAAUAAUGUCUGUGAGCUGACUUGCUCAGAGAAUCUUGGACAGCAUGGCUACUUGCUUGAAGGCUGGGUUACUAUUUCUAAGGAUAACAUGAAUAAAUGGAUUCCCUAUAAAUACUAUGUUUUGUGUGGCAAGGGAAAAUGGGAAUUCAUUUAUAAAGUUUGUCAUGAAGGGCAAGUUGUGAAUCGUUGUAUGUUCAUACCACAGGAUAAACUAAGUGGUACAGAAUGGCACCAGUAUGAUGAUAUAAUAUGUGCUGACCCUGAUUGGUGGAACCGUGUUAAAGAGCGUAUUCCAGGAAUGAAAAAUGCCGAGAAAAAUGUUGUGGAAGGGAAGCAAAUAGCAGCAAAAGUAAUGCUGAAGGGCCUCUUUAGUAUGCUCCACUCUUGGACUCCUAUCAAUGUCAAGAAUUUUUUCCAACAAUUCUAUCAGUUUUAUUCGGUGAAUAGUAAACCAUGGAUACAUGACGGGAGACCAGUUGUAUGGACAGCUUUAGAGUUUGGAGCUGAACAGGUGAAACAGUUGAUAUUGGAUUACUUAAGAGAAUCAGCUUGUCAGUUUAUUGACCAGAACAGUACAAAUUCCUCAUCUCACAACACAUUAGUUCGGGAUAAACUUGGCCUAGCAUUAAUCUUCCUUCAGUUAGGAGAACGUUACAAUCUUCCAAUAUCAGAUGGGGAUCUGAUACAACUAUGCAGAAGUCUAUGUUUGGAGAAGCCACGAGAAGAAGUAAAGAAUGAAAUCCAUUCUAUCAAAGAUGUGUUUUCAGAUUCCCUGUGGAUUAAGCGUUGUUUGAUUGACUUGUACAACUCCUGCAUUGAAAAGCAAAUCCACCAGUGGGUGUGGACAAUCCCAGUUCAUCAUCUCUUCAGUGCUUCCAUUGACUCUCAUUGUUUCCAUGUGAAUUCUCUACUUGACUCUGAAGAGAGGUGGGCAGGCCUGGAAGGCCUCAUGUUUGCUGAAUACAGGAAUAAGUGGCAGUACUCCAGAAAGAGGGAGUUACUGAAGCUAAUGAAAGAAAAGAAGUCCUUGGUGCAAGGAGACAGAGCAUUGUACAAGUCAUGGUUCUCCUUGCUGCCUCUGAGGGACUUGAUAGAGUUUCUCACUGACUUUUCGGCAGACCUCUUGGACUGUCUUGUGGGAACUUUUCAUAGGUUGAAGAACGUGGAAACUCGAUGGAACUAUGAGUUAUGA